AUGAGACGCGCUUUACAAUCUGAAAUACGUUUCACUUGCGACCUGCGACCUGCGUCCUGCGUCUUUUUAUUAAGCUGGUUCUACAUUGGACGCAAACAACAAAUCGCAUGGACGCAAGCAAUAAAAGUCGCAAGAUUGUUGCGACUGACCUUCUACAUUGCAAUCAUAAGCGCUGCGCGCGAAUCCAGAAGAAAAUCGUCCUAUUCGGAAAUGGAUCGACGUGUCCAAUUGAGCCGUGUCCAACUGGGUGCCACCCGUCCACACUCUGUAGAACUGAGGUUGGCUGUGACUUUAUCGUUUCUUGCACAUAGUGAUAGUAUUAAUUCAAAAGCUUGGGAGUUUCGUAUUGGACGCUCCACUGUGUAUAUUAUUGUUCACGAAGUCUGUCGUGCAUUGUGGCUUGGACUUCAACCAACAUUUCUUCCUGAACCUGACAAACAGAGAUGGUCUAAAGUUGCUGAAGGUUUCUUCGAGAAAUGGCAAUUUCCGAAUUGUUUGGGAGCUCUAGAUGGAAAGCACAUCAGAAUCCAAACUCCAUCCAAUUCAGGAAGCCAAUUUUGGAAUUACAAAAAAUAUUUCAGCAUCGUUCUUCUAGCAAUGUGUGAUGCAUAUCAUAAAUUUGUAUGGGUGGACAUUGGGCAGUACGGUCCCUGUAAUCUUCCACGGACAGCAAUAAAGACUAACCAUGUAUUCAUAGGCUGUCUAGAGCUCCCCUGUCUAUAGAAAAUACAUUUGGUAUUUUGUGUGCACGCUGGCAAAUUCUU